AUGAACGAUUUGAUGAUAAGUGAUUUGGAGGCGCUUCAGUCGGUUUCUGGGACUUCCGGAGAGAAACCGAGCGACGCGAGCGCCAUCCAGAGUCCAUCGAAAGAACUCACGAGUGACUUACGAGAUUUAAUAUCUUUUGAGGAAACUGUCGCAGAGGAUAAAGAAGGAACAGGCGAAAUAGGCAAAAAAAGGAGAAGAGGCAGACCGAGAAAAGGAGAAAACGGAAAAGAAGAAACAGGAAUGAAGAAUCUAGAGAAUUAUUGGAAAGGAUUUAGUAGUACAAAGGCCGGAGGUGACAAUGAAAUCGAAGAAGGCAAAGAUAAACAGGUAAAUGAAAACGAAAAACAAAAAGGAGAAGACAAUCCCAAGGUUGUGACCGGGAAUGGCUUGCAAACUGAGGAUGUCAAUUCUAACCAAAGGCAGGAAACUUUUAGCGAAAAAGCUGAUAAUGUAUUUGUAACGACGAAACAAUUAAUAAGAACACCACAGAAAAACAAUAUACAUAACAAGACUACUCAAACAGAUACAAAAUACAAGGCAAAUGAGGAAGGAAAAAAAGAUUGUCCGGAGGAAGAUAGAAGGGAUUGGGAAUCUAAAAUAGAAGAAAAGUGGGAGUCGCGAUUGGCACAAUUGGAAAGUCUUAUGCGAACAGAAUUUGAGACGAUAAGGAAGGACUUGAAGGAGAGAAAAGAAGAAGAAAUUAAAAAACAAAAUUUCCACGAGGAAUUAAAAAGAGAGAAUACAAAAUACCGGGAGGAGAUUAAAAGAUUAUAUAAACUAAUCGAAGACCAAAACGAAGAAUUAACCUGCGUAAAGGAAAUUAUGAGAAAGGAGAGAGAAUACAAAAAUAUAAACAAUAGGCAAACUCUACAGAAAGAUAACUUUCUCGAACAUGAUAGAUCAAAUAUGUCGAAUACAACAGGGCAACAACGUUCACAGACACGACACGAGGAAACAGGAAGAGAAAAUGACUUGAGUAAUCAAUGGGCAGAAUUUGAAAGUGCAAAUCCAACUCCGACAAAUAAUAAUCAACCUAUACAGCUAGGCGAGGAAAACUGGGAAGUAGAGAAGAAGGAAAGGUGGGCGAGGAAGAAAAACAUUAUAGUGAUAGGUCUAACAUUGACAACAAGGGAACGGAAAGAGGAAUUCGAGCGUUGGAUCUUGAAUGUGUUGAAAAUAGAGGUAAGAGUAAACGCUAUGGAAAGAAUUAAAAAUGGUUGGAGAAUUACUUUAGAAGAAUGGACAAAGAAAAGGGAGAUUAUGAGAGAAAAAAGGAAAUUGAAUCGAUUAGGAUGGGGUGUUUGGAUCAUGGAUGAUCUAACAGAUCGACAGAAAGAUAUCCAAGAUUUCCUGGAAGAGGAGGCUGAUAGAUGGAGACAAAGAGGGAAAGAAUCAAAAGUCGUGUAUCAAAUGAUACAAAUAGAAGGCACUUGGCUAAAGUGGGAUGAAUUGGAAGGGGAAUUAAGAUUAUGCCAGGAAAAAGAUGACAGGCGGAACAUGCGGAGAUUUCGAGACUAA